AUGUGUGUCGCAAAAGAAAACGCAUCGUCAUUGUCCGCGCACGACGAAAGCCCACGCGUCAGGCAGCUGUCGGCAGGGAGAACGCGGUACGGUGCCAUCUCGCCUCUCGCUUGUUCACGGAACCCCCUCCGGUCAUAUUAUUCGGUGUUCGCACAUCACAUUUCAUGUCACAAGUCCUGUGUUUGUUACGUUUUCCCGACCUUGUGGGUUUCGUGGGCGCAGACGUCUGGCGAGAAGGUCAAAGAUGAACCGUCGCGGCCCUGCUGUUUCAGUCGGUACGUGCGGAUCGUGGCCCGAACGACAUUCGCCGUCGUCAACAACAUAUACUGCAUUCCUGCUUACGUCGUGUGGAUGAUGGCUCUGCGCCUCGUCAGACCCUUGUUCACCUCCCUCUAUUGGAAGAUAGAAGGCCUCAUGUAUCACUGGCUAUUGGCGAUGGUCUCGAUGUGGUCCUGGACAGCGGGAUAUGAAAGUAAGUCUGUUUCCAUCUAUGGAGGCGCGCCAUUCGUUGCUACACCGAAUUAUGAAACUUUUGGCAGCAAGCCUACCAAUGGAACAAAGGUCUUUCGCAAUUGUUACGUGGCGAGCUUUGGACCGGUCGCUAGAGCGGCUAUAUUGACCUUACGCGGCUGCGUAGUUUAUGCUCGACCGCCGGAGGACGGUCGAUGA